GCUGUUCAACUGAACAUCGCUGCACACCAAUAACAUGGUAAAGAAAAAUUGUUUGAUACUGGCGUUUGUUUGGACGUUGUUUCAAUUUUCCUACGUCCUGUGCAAUGAAAUAUCUUCGGCCAAAAGCACUGAAUUGAACAGUCUGAUCAAGCGUUACAGUGACCUCUUUGGUCGCUACAAGUCUGCUGAAUGUGAAUGUGGUCAAAACUAGGAUGAUCACGUGUUGGUAGUUUGGGAUUUGAUUGAUUUCAAAGGUGAUCGAGAAUGGAUGUCGGUUGGAGAAGCAUUGAACAGUCAACGGAGUGAUGGACACCUAAUUCACACUCCUUCGACAUCAUUGAUCACUACACUGCACAUCACCUGCACAAGGAUUGAACCGAAGGCUCACGUAUUAAAAGGUGAUCCCAUAGAUAAUACACACAUCGGAACGGUAUUCAAAGCCUGGCCAGUAAAAUCAAACUUUGACCUAUUCGCCACAACCAGUAUUUGUAGUGUGAACCUGCUGAGUGCACACUACUGAACUGUUUGCAAAGAAAGUUGAAACAACAGUCCCUGUUCUGUAAUGGUUCUCUAAUCGACAUCAUUCACUACGUGAUUACUUAUGAAAUAUUUUAAUGUAAUAAUCUGCUUUACAGGCGCUGCAUUUUUGGUAGUCAGCUCACCAGAAAUCAAAUGGACUCUGAAGGAAUUUAACGAUGUUAUACGCGACACCAAGUUGCAGAUAUUUGCGAACACGUCCGUGGAUUAUCUGAAUAAACUGAAAAGCGAAUACACUUGGAAGAAUGUAAACGAAGUAUCUUACCUGUAUCAUGACUAUAUAGGUCAAUUGAAAGACGUCGAAGAGUACCACAACAAUACUGUAUUUGAAAAAGUGUGGACCAAAAUGGGGAACAUGAAAGUUACAGUUAACCUACAUGCAGUGUUUGAAAACUACUUGAAAUCUCUUGGCAAUGCAUGGACAGCUAGGAAGGAUCUCUACACGACAGCAGCUGUGUACUACAAAACCGACAACAUGCAGAAGAAUGACGACAUCAAUUCUGGAAAUGAACCAAUUACCGCAGAAGAAUGGGGAGAAAUUAUUGAAAGGGAAUUUAUCAAAUCAAGAGAGAAAUUUGAGCAAGAAUGCUUGCGAAUAUCGAGAAUUCAGCCCAAUGAAACUUCCAACGAAAUAUUAUUGAAGAAAUCAGAUGGGAAAAAUUUGCCAAUAUCUGAGUUGCAAUAUGAUCUUGUUCAACUGAUGUCUGAAGUAGAAAAGGUUGAGAAGCUCAGAAUUGAAAGGUUUCACACACUGACUGCAUUGGAUAUAAUGAAUAUAGCUCUCGAUACAAUGCAACGAGAGCGUGAUCAUGAAUUUGGUGAGCAAUAUGUAAGAAACACAGAGGACAUGGAGCGUUCAUAAACUCAGAAAACAUUUUUCUCUAGUGGUGAUGGUGUUUCACUAAUUCACAUUAAUAAACAUUUUCUCUUUCUCCAAGUCAGUUCUGCUUACAAUCAGU